AUUAACCGUUCGGAUAAGUUCGGGUGCGUGCACGAGCUCGUACGAAAGUUACAUUCCGUUGGGCACCUUCACCAUGAGUGUUUUCGCCCGUCCGUCGGUGUCUCGCGAAAAAUCUAGUUUUCCUUGUUCGCAUUACCAUAUAUAAUGCAAAGAUAUUAAUGUACGAAAAUCAGACGUGAAAAACGUCUAAGUUAAGCUCGAGUAAUGAAGUGUUGUAGAUCGUAAAGGAGAAGAAACAACAGUGAAAUUUAUUAUUCUAAAGAAGUUAAGAGGUAACGAAGAGGAAAAACAUGGGGAACUGUUUCAGCAGUAGCAGGGAUCCGGAUAAAGACAACUCUGAUAGGAUAGGCAAUCCCAACAUAGAUGCUGUGGUAUCGCCAACUAGUCCAGUGCCAACACCACCUCCGGAUCCUAUAAGGCCGGUCCCACAAAUUCCAGAUGCUAAUGUGCCAAGUGCUAAGAUAUUCGUAGCGCUUUACGAUUACGAUGCUCGUACAGACGAGGAUCUCAGCUUUAGGAAGGGUGAACAUUUGGAAAUACUCAACGAUACUCAAGGAGAUUGGUGGCUAGCCAGAAGUAAACGGACUAGAAAAGAAGGCUAUAUACCUAGCAAUUAUGUUGCUAAGUUAAAAUCGAUAGAAGCUGAACCGUGGUACUUUAGGAAGAUAAAACGAAUUGAGGCAGAAAAGAAAUUAUUAUUACCAGAAAAUGAUCAUGGGGCAUUUUUGAUUAGAGAUUCUGAAAGCCGUCACAAUGAUUAUUCCCUUUCAGUACGUGAUGGAGAUACUGUCAAGCAUUACCGCAUACGACAAUUGGAUGAAGGAGGCUUUUUCAUUGCUAGGCGGACAACAUUUAGGAAUCUUCAAGAUCUUGUUGAACACUACAGUAAAGAUGCUGAUGGAUUGUGUGUAAAUCUCUGUAAACCGUGUGUGCAGGUUGAGAAACCUGUAACGGAAGGCCUUAGUCAUCGUACACGAGACCAAUGGGAGAUAGAUCGUUCAUCCCUUAAGUUUUUGCGGAAAUUGGGACAGGGUCAAUUCGGAGAAGUAUGGGAAGGGCAAUGGAAUAACACGACACCAGUAGCUAUCAAAACUCUUAAACCAGGCACCAUGGAUCCGAAGGACUUUUUGGCAGAGGCACAAAUUAUGAAAAAACUUAGACAUGCCAAGUUAAUUCAGCUCUACGCUGUUUGCACAAUGGAAGAACCAAUUUAUAUUAUCACAGAAUUGAUGAGGCAUGGCAGUUUAUUAGAAUACUUGCAAGGAGUAAGAGGAAGAGCUUUGAAAUUACAGCAAUUAAUUGAUAUGGCUGCACAAAUAGCCACUGGUAUGGCGUAUCUAGAAUCACAGAAUUAUAUUCAUAGAGAUUUGGCAGCGAGAAAUGUUUUAGUAGCGGAUGGUAAUGUCGUUAAAAUAGCAGAUUUCGGUUUAGCCCGACUUAUCAAAGAGGACGAAUACGAAGCCCGUAUAGGGGCACGAUUUCCAAUUAAAUGGACUGCUCCUGAAGCUGCUAAUUACAGUAAAUUCAGUAUUAAGUCUGAUGUAUGGUCGUUUGGUAUUCUUCUUACUGAACUUGUUACUUUUGGAAGAAUACCAUAUCCAGGUAUGACAAAUGCAGAAGUAUUAAACCAGGUAGAACAUGGAUAUAGAAUGCCAUGUCCACCUGGAUGUCCAACGGCACUAUACGAUAUUAUGUUAGAAUGUUGGAACAAAGAUCCUAUGAAGAGGCCGACGUUCGAAACUCUUCAAUGGAAACUGGAAGAUUUCUUCACAAUGGAGGGAUCAGAAUAUAAGGAAGCAUCUGCGUAUUGAGAAACCGAAGAAGACAUUUGUAAUUUUCAGUUGGCUUUGCACGAUCGUCGUAUCAUUCGUAUGUUGAACGAUGCCUCGUGCUUCAAUAGUACUUUAUCGUCGAUAGACGAAAAGUCCAGAGUUAUGAUGAGUAUUCAUUCGAGAUAUGAAUGCUUGUGAUAUUUGAGAAUAUAGUACAUUUUAUAAUAGAAUAUUAGGGGUCUUUUUAUGUUUUGUUUUAUUUUUUUUUGUUUCUUUUUUUUUUUUUAUAUAUAUAUACACACGCACAUUAAAGAUAAAUGAUAUCAUUUAUUUUGCUAGUAGUACAAUUAAUUAUUUCUUUUUCAUUUAUGCAUUCAGGCUGCCAUAAAAUGAUAUAACGAGUUUGUCAAUUCGCCAAUUCGUAAUUUUACAAUGAUAUUGGCACUUCGAUAAUUUUUAGAAACAGAAAUACAUGUUACGUAUUAUAUAUAUAUAUAUAUAUAUAUAUAUAUAUAUAUAUAUAUAUAUAUAUAUAUUAUUUUAGAUAUUAACAUUAAGAAAACGCGUAUAAGUGUAGAUAUUAACUGCCUUUGACACGACCAUGUGUAGCGAUCAACGAUUAUUAUUAUUAUUAUUAUUAUUAUUAUUAUUAUUAUUAUUAUUAUUAUUAUUAUUAUUAUUAUUAAUAUUAUUAUUAAUAUUAAUAUUAAUAUUAUUAUAUAUUAUAUCAUCGUGUCGUCAUCGUCGUCAUCAUCGUCAUAAAAAAAAUGUUAAUUACUUGGGAAGAUACAUUUAAAAUAGGUGAUGUUUUUUCCGUUAAAAGUAUUAUGAAAAGACAAAUCUCUGUCAAAUAAUUUGGCAGUUUUUACUCGAUGAACGAAUGAACUUUUUAUCAAAUUUUGACGAAAGGAUGGCCUAUGAAAGAAUUAUUAAAGUACUAUUGAAGCACGAGGUACCGUUCAAAUAUAAUUGAUACGAACAUUAUGUAUCAUUCAUAUGACGAAUGACGCCUCGUGCUUCUAAUUGCAAAUUUCAUAUAUGACGGACCACAGUCCAUUAAAGAUCAUUCCUUCUUCUUCUACUUCUUCUUCUUCUUUUUUUUUCUUCUGCUUCUUCUUCUUAUACUAUAACGAAUUAAAUUAAUUCUUCUACAUACAGAUUUUAAUUUGAGUGAAAAUGUAUAUAAAAAGAAUUUUAUUAUUACGAAUUUUGAAAAUUUAGAACGGUUGCAACUGGUCCGUCCAAAACAGCUGACGAUAACCUAACGAAAAGUUCUUUUUGUGUCUCUACAUUAAUUGGUGUGUAUCCACUUUUUGUCAUAAUUCGUAUAUAUCAGGUGUGAAAAAUACACACACACACACACACUCACAUACAAAGUAUUUUAAGACAAUGCAAAUAAUCUUAAAAAAAAGAUAAAUGAAACAAUAACAACAAACAACAACAACAAAACCUGUUUUUAAGUGUUCAAAAUAAAAAACAAAUAACAAGUUAGUCGUCUUCUAAGAUCGACCAUAUGAAAGUUUACAAGAAUUUACCUUAAAUGUCAAUAAGCUAGAAUUAUGUAUACUGUUGAUGCAUGAACAAUAAUUAUUGAUGGAUGUACCUUUUGCAAAAAGUGAAGGGUUAACCAUAUAGAUUUCCAAAAUAAUUAGAGAGCGUUAACGUUCGUUCACAAACUCUUAUUUGCAUAUUCGUGCUGACACAGCUAGAUAUUUAAUCGUUCGUUAUAUAUUCAAUAACAUUCUGAAGUAUUUUUCAUUUUUAUAUAUACACACAUUUUUAUAUAUAUUGUAAUUUUACGGUUUUAUUAGUCGUUUUACUACAAUUUUCACAUAAGAUCUCUCUAUUUUAACAUUUUGUCUUCCUUCAUUAUAUACAUUUCUUCACUUCCUCGCCCUAUCAGAACGAGUUGUAAUAAUAAUAAUAAAUAUUUCCAACGAAAGGAACGAUCGAUCGUGCCGUUGUGAAUAAUGUAAAACAAUGGGAUGAUAAUUAUAUUUAUGGGCUUCAUGUGUAAACGCGUUGGCGGGGGGGGGGAUUACAGAAUCGACGAGACUCAUUGAAUGCCUCUAGAGUACAUAAAUUAAAUACCGAUGCUUUGUGUAUGCUUUAUACUACUUAUUUCCUUCGUUUAAAGAAAUAGUUUUAACUUUAUAUACAUAUAUAUAUAAUGAUGUCUUUA